AUGGGGAACUCGAGCAGUUCACAGAAAAUCUCGCCUCAGGAUAGGGCCAUUCUCGACCUCAAGAACCAGCGUGAUAAACUACAUCAAUACCAGCGCCGCAUUACCGUUCUCACAGAUCGCGAGACCGAAAUCGCAAAAGAAUGUCUCGCGCGAAAUGAUCGGCGGCGCGCCUUGCUCGCUCUCCGGCGCAAGAAAUACCAAGAAUCACUACUUGCAAAGACAGAUGGACAGCUUGCGCAAUUGGAGCAGCUCACUGGACAAGUGGAGUUCGCGCUAGUCCAGAAAGACGUACUAUACGGACUGCAGCAAGGCACGCAGGUACUGCAGACUAUUAAUAAAGAGAUGGGUGGUAUUGAGAACGUGGAGAGGUUAAUGGGCGAAACGGAAGAUGCAAGGGCUUAUCAAGAGGAGGUGAGCCAAAUGCUUGCUGGUCAUCUGACAAAUCAGGAUGAGGAUGAGGUCGAGGAUGAACUGGAGGCUUUGCGGCGUGAGGCUGCUGGUCCCGAAGUCCUGCCCGAGCCUGUCGUCUUGCCUAGUCCACCUACUGCGAGACCUGAGCGGGCUCAAGAGCCAGAGCACGAAAGGACUGAGCCUCAAGCCGAGCGGAGGGAAGCUCUGCCUGCAUAA